GUCAUCAUCAAAAUAUACAAAACGUUUAGAGACAAUUAUUAAACCAAGCCCAAAUUUACGCUACGUUGAACCCAUCGAUUAUCCACUUAAUGAAAGAAAAACUGACCCAUAUAUAGAUGGUGUUUCAGCCAUUAUAAAUACUAGUACCAACAAUUAUAAAAAGGGUGAUAACACUUCCCUGAUAAAACAAUAUUUACAAGAUUUUCCCGUCAAAAACACGGUAACUUCCACGUUAAACGCCAACAUAGAUAAGAACGAGCAUCAUGCUCCAGCUUUUAGUACCCAUUUAAGACAAAUACAGAAAGAAUUAGAGAAUUGGAAUCCUCAUAAGGAUCAAUUUACUAAAGGAACAGACCCGUAUAAGACAAUAUUUGUAGGGAGGUUACCGUACUCAGUCGAUGAAGUGGAGUUGCAUAAAAUUUUUAUAAAGUUUGGAGCCAUUGAAAAAUUACGAAUUGUUCGAGAUAUAAAAACGAACAAAAGUAAAGGAUAUGGUUUUAUUACCUUUGGAGAACAACAAUCUGCGAAAAAUUGCUAUAAAAGUAUUGGAACACAUGCCGGAAUGAUAAUAGAUGGAAGACCGAUUAUUGUAGAUGUCGAACGAGGGAGAACAGUAAAGUACUUCAGACCUAGAAGAUUAGGUGGCGGCCUUGGUGGGAGGGGAUAUAUGAAGAGGUAUUUGGAAACAAAACAAAUAAGCGAGAAAGAGUUGAAUUCAAACGGUAACAAAGGUCUUGGUAAUAUUCUUAAGCAUAAACAUAGUAACAGCAGCACCACCCAAAAUAUCAAUAAUAAUAAGAAAGUCCGUUCAAAUAAAAAUUUCAAUAAAGCCAAAAAUGAUGGUAAGUGA